AUGAAAGGAUGGCCUAUCCCAUACACCGUCGUUCUGAUUGUUCUGGGACUUUGUUUUGGAACAAUAUCAGGUGCUGUUCCAACACUACAAAAGUACACGUCUAUGUCAAGUCAGAACCCUCAUCUUAUACUAACCACCUUCCUACCAGUUCUACUAUUUGAGUCAGCUUUUGCCAUGGAUGUCCAUAUUUUCUACAAGAUGUUCUGGCAAGUUGUGUUGCUUGCAGUGUUUGGUUUAGCUGUUGCCACAGCUUUGUCAGGUAUUAUGGCCAAGAUGGUGUUCGUUGAUUAUCAAUGGACUUGGCUUGAGGCCAUGCUAUUCGGAUCAAUAGUAAGUGCCACAGAUCCUGUGGCUGUAGUUGCCCUGCUGAAUGACUUGGGAACAAGCAAGCAGUUGUCUACUAUCAUAGAGGGUGAAUCACUGUUAAACGAUGGAAUGGCAAUCGUGUUGUACAAGAUCUUUUUUAGCCUGGCAUUUUCCUCGAUGACUGCCACGGAAAUUGGACUGUACUUUCCUCGUGUCGCAUUGGGAGGCUUCUUCUUCGGUCUAGUGGCAGGAAGAGUUACCGUCUUCUGGCUGCAGCAUGUGUUCAAUGAUGCCUUGGUAGAGAUUACCAUCACCUUAGCUAGUACAUACUUGACAUUUUACAUCGGGGAAGAGGUGCUUGGAGUGUCUGGUGUCAUUGCUGUAGUCAUGCUAGGAAUACAGAUCAACGCGCUGAGAACAAGCAUCAGUCCAGAAGUCGAGGUUUUUUUACACAGGUUCUGGGAGAUGCUCGCGUACCUUGCCAACACGCUCAUUUUCAUCAUGGUGGGUGUUGUUAUCAUGGAAAAGGCUCUAAACAGUUUAAACGAAUACGAUUUGUUUCUUCUUGUGGUUGAUUACUUCGGAAUUACAGUGAUAAGAGGAUUAGUAAUGAUGACAUUCAGCCCCAUUCUGAUGCGAAUUGGAUACGGCCUCUCAUGGCAGAAUGCUGUGGUAGCAGCUUGGGGUGGAUUAAGAGGAGCAGUCGGUCUGGCCUUAGCAUUGCAAGUUUACAUUGACCACCCUCCUAUUGGCGGAAAGGUCUUGGCGCACACUGCUGGCAUUGUGAUGUUCACUCUUUUGGUUAACGCCACUACUAUGAAAAAGUUAUUAGAAAAACUCGGAAUGAGUGAGAUUUCAGACGCUAAGAAAAUCGCCAUGGCCAACGCUGUGAGACAAAUUCAGGAGAGCAACCAGCGUACUCUUAACAUGUUGAAAGCUGACCGAUUCCUUGCGGAUGCCGACUGGGACAUUGCGGAAAGGGACUGUGAUGUGCAUAACCCUUACAUGGAGGUAGAUGACGAGCAUGCUGAAGAAACGCCAUUCUUAGUUCGCCUCAGCACCUGUCCGAACUGCGAAAGCAGCGUUCCCAAUGAACCCUCAGCAAAAGAAUUUGCAGAGAUGGCGAAUGACGGUAGAGUGCGCUUGAUCAAAGCACUGAAAGUCAGUUACUGGAAGCAGUUUGAACAUGGAAUGCUUUCUCGCGAAGCUGUUCAGGCAUUGAUCAACCUAGCUGAUACUGCAAUGGACGAGGAAGGGAGGUUUAUUCAAAUAGAUGAUUUGCAGCCGUUUUGGAACGUGCCUCCCUUUCUUCAGAAAAUUAAAGAUAAACUGGAACAGAUGAAGCAGACCAGACUAAAGGAACGCAUUCCGCCACCAAAUGACAAAAUCCGAGCCUUUAUGUACGUCGUGGCAGUACAUGUUAUGUUUGAAGUAAUUGUGAAUACUUUGAUCGUUAUCAACAUGGUACCAAUCAUUUUGGAGCUUUCCUCGGACGAUGAUGCUCCAUAUAUGGGCGUCUUGACCAUAAUCAAUUACGUCUACUGCACCAUAUACAUCGCAGAGGCGGCGUGGAAGGCUUUGGCAUUCCGGCGCUUCUAUUUUAAGGACUACUGGAAUCUAGUCGACCUCUUCAUCGUUGCUUUGUCAAUUGUCGAUAUCGUGAUUGACGAAGUGGCUGGUGAGGCCACGGGAAACUUUUCACCGUCUGUACUCAAAGUGGCCAAGGUGUUUAGAGUGUUGAGAAUGGGUCGUCUGUUGAGGCUUUUCAAGACUGUUCUUCCAAGACUCAUAAAUGCUGUGAACGACAUUAUCAACCGGCAGUUAAGCUUUGGCUAUGAUGUUGGCAAGGGAUAUAUAAUCGCUGAAGAAGAAGUCAUCAAGCUGAUUGAUCACAUGGUGGUCGACAAAAGGAUUGCUAAGGAUUUAAAACAAAGAUCGGAGCAAAGCCGUUUGGAUGUCGUCCGAAGCCUCGGUAUGCUGCAACGUGAGCACCCCGGGAUUGCGAUCUCCGUCAAAACGCGGCAGGCUAUUCGCACGAUUCUUAAUAAUGCCCGUGACGUUAUUCACGAACUCAAAGGUGGUGGCUUGUUAGAUGAGGCAGAGGCAGCAAAAUUAGAAUCGCUUGUUGAGGUAAAAAUGAAGCGACAGCUGAGUGCUCCAGCCUCCAUUUCCCCACAAAAGCCCACCGAGUUGCUUCGUAAUGUGGUGUGGCUGGAAGGAAUGCCGUCAGAGGCGGUGGACUUCAUAACCUCAGCCGCACGCAUCCAAAUGUUUGAAGCCGGUGAUACUAUAGCAAGACAGGGUGAAGACCUUAAGGGAAUAUAUUUGAUAGUUUCAGGAAUGGUUAAGAUGAUCGGCGUAUCGGUGGCAAGGAGAGGUUACUUUGAUGGUGAGGAGCCAGAAGUGGGAGAGAUGAUUGUCACUACUGAUUACGUUUCCGCUGGUAACUUGAUUGGGGAGAUGGGUCUUCUUACUUCCUCCCAAAGAAACUCUUCUUGUACCUGCGAGUCUGCAGUCCAGGCCUAUUUCAUUACCUCAGAUGAUAUGAAAGUUGCCAUGACUCGCUACCCAGAUCUCGUUGACCGGCUUUGGAAAGUUUGUGGCGUGCGAAUCGCUGUCCCUCUCUUGUUAGAAGUGCCCGCUUACUACAACUGGACGAAGGACAAAAUCCGGGUCAUGUGCGAACGUUCGUUUAUCGUCAAUCUUCCCAUAGGGUUAAAUACUAUAUUCAAGACUAACGAGCAGAUGAAAGAGGUUGUUCUUAUCCAAGGCAAGAUUACAGAUCUCGAUAGCAGAGAUAUUUAUGAAGGACCAUGCGUGCUGCCGAAGGUUUACCGAACGUUUAGAUUGCAUUUCGAUGGAGUCGAGCCUAAGAUUUUAGUGAUUGCUCGUUUCCAUGAAACUGCAUUGCCUGAUGACCCAGAAGACAAUCCUUCAGUACUGGAUAUUGUAGGCCUUCACGCACAAGCUGGAUGCAAAAGUAUUUCGAAUCUAUCAGAAAUUUUUGGAGGGACCGAGGCAACAUUUAGAGGAAAGCGAAGAUUAUCUAGGGGAAGUCGAGUAUUAGGCAUUGAAGAAAGCCAUCGCAAACUUGAUCCUAUACCAGACAGACCACAAAGUAGAAAGAUAGUUGUAUCACCGAUGCUAGACGACGAUAAAGAAUGUUAACUUUGUUCAAGUCUGGAU